AUGAGUCAAUAUUUCUUAAUGAUUUCGUUAAUCAUAUUUUAUUUAACGAUGAACGUUUAUGUUGCUGGAGAAAAUUGGUUGGGCAAUUACAAAUGGACUUCACGAUGUUCUAAAGAUGAAUGCUGCUGUUUUGUUAAUGAACUAACAAUUACUCAAGUCAAAGAUGAUCCUAAAAGAUUGUCGAUUGUCACUAGUCGCGCUGGUCCCAUCUGCCCAGCAAAAACUUAUGAAAAUGUUAUCGACGUUCCAGAAGGUUCUUUUAUGGAUCAGAUAAAACCAAGAACAUUGAUUUGGGUCAUAAAUCAAAAUAGUACAGCUAUCACUGCAGUCGAUUAUCAAUUUAUGGAGUGUAAUUCAGAAGCAAUAAGAAUAACAAACCUAAGUAACAAAAAUAACAUGCACACUCUUUGUUGGAUAUUUAUGGCUCAUUUCAUUGUACUGAUCAAAUGGUUUUACAACAGAAUUGACAACAGAUUGAAACCGUACUACCCUACAGAUACAGUUGGUAAAAUGGCCAAAUUCUAUGUUCAAUGGGUCGUUGAACGUUUAUUGAAAUUGAAUUUAUUUGAAAAACAAACGGAAGAUGAACAUUCAAAACGACAUCAGAUCAUAUCGACCAGAGUUUACAUUAUUGUUCUACCACUACUCCUACUCAUUCUAACGUUAUUCAUAUCGAUACAAUCAGAUUUAAACACCAUACGAAUCAAAUCACCAAAAGAAAAUGAUUAUAAAGCAUUACAGUUAAAAUACCAGACUGGUUUACAAUGCCCUUGUAAACAAAUCUCGAAUACGUAUGAUCGAUUUGUAACGAUAAUUCCUCAAUAUCAUGAAAUAUGUUCAUCUGACUUUGUUAGUCAGAAGUGGAUUGAUUAUUUAUUCUAUGAAAACACAAGUUAUUUUUUUCAAUUAGAUUUCCGUCAUGAUGCAUCGGCAAGAUUUCAAAUUCUUCGUACAUUAUGUCAACAAGCACAACAAUCGGUCAGUGAUCAUUUAAGUGAAUACUAUUCAUUUGAAUUAAUAACAAAUGAAGUUCUACCAACGGAUACUUUUCACAUUCAAAUGGAUUCGUUUGUACAACUUUUUCAGGAAACAACUCCAUCACCAUUUCAAAAUUUAUUACAAAUCAUUCGACAGUCGACAAUAUCAAAUGGUGUUCUUUCAGCAAUCGAUGCAAGUUUUGCUUAUGCCUUUCAUCCAUCAGGACCUACAACAUUUUAUUUGGAUAAUUAUCAUUACUAUGAAGUCGACUCACAACAGAAAAAUUUCGAUUGUUACUGUGAUAAUGUCACCGUGUGUGAAUUACCUGAGGGUAUUUACGGAGAUUUAAUUCAAUAUAACUAUCCAGGAUCAAACUGGAUUGGUGAUCCAGAUGUCAACGCAAAUACUGCAGCAAUUAAUGCAACAUUUUUUGUCGAUGGAUCAGUUGUAAGCUGCAAACCCAUUGAAUCUUUGAUGCGUUCGACAAUCGAAUGUCUAUAUGAUCAAGUAUGUUUAAAUCGAAUUGGAAAGUAUAUCAACUAUACUUCAGUGUCAAUUGAUUCGUUUCAUAUACUAAAUCAAUCGAAUGCCGUUCGAAAUCAAACUAUUGAAACAUUGACAAGUAAUUUAUUUCUUGAAAAUUGGAUUAUUAACAAAUCAUAUUCAAACUAUUUUGAUUCAUGUCGACCAUUAUUUUGUCAAUAUAAAAUUGAUCAAAAGCAAAGUUUUGUACAGAUUCUCACAACUGUUAUUAGUUUAUAUGGAGGUUUAAGAGUUGCUCUCGCAUUAAUUAUUCCCAUAAUUAUCAAGUUUAUCAUGCGAAGAAGAUCAACAGAACAUCAAGCAUCAAACGUGUCAAGAUUGGUUCGAUUACAUACGGUAUGUCGUUCCAUGGUCAAGCAUCUAACAAAAAUGAAUAUAUUCACCGAUUAUUCAACAGAUGAACAUGUUCAAAAAAAUGGAAGACUUUCGACCAAACUUUAUUUCGUUAUUUCAACUAUUUGUUUGUUUGUCUUUGCAAUUCGUCUAUCCGUAGAGAAACAAACGCAUACGAAAUUUAUUUAUAACCCAACAAAACAUCAAUUCGAGAGUUUACAAAAUCAAUCAAACAGCAACUUUGAAUGUCCAUGUCUUCAUAUAUCAGUCAAAUAUGGAGAUUUCAUUCAAUUUAAUCAAACAUAUCAUCAAAUAUGUUCAAGUGUUUUUGCAUCAACUUUAUGGUACGACGCUGAUAAUCUGUGGAAUACAUCAGAUUCAUGUUAUUAUCCAUCAUUUCCAAAUUUAGCGUCGUUUUAUUUUUCACUUAUAUUGACAUUUUGUCAGUCAGCCAAUGAGACUAUUUCGAAUAGUUUGACACAAUUUUAUGCAUCAGAAUAUAUCACGUCUAACAUUAUUCAAGAAGAUCAAUUCAACAAUGAGAUUACAUCAAUUAGUGAAUCAUUUCAAAUACAACUACAGAACUCGUUUCGACAACAAUGGAGUUUAUUACAAAGUGUCCUAUCAAACAAUCAGAUUUUUACUGUCAGAAAAACAAAUUUUCUUCUAACUGGUAAACUAAUUAAUGAUACAGUGAUACCACAAUUGUAUUUAAAAAACCAUAGCAAUUGUACUUGUGCAACAAAUUCAAUAUGUUAUGAAACAGUGCAAUUUUGCAUUGGAAAUCAACAAUAUUUUAUUAAUGGUCUUCGGUUGGGUUGUUAUUUAGUUGAAUCUUUGUUUUUAUCAACAACCGAAUGUUUUUAUGAUCAAACAUGUAUUGACACUAUCAAGUCGUAUAUAACAAAGUCCGCGCCCAUAUAUUCAAAGUUAAAUGUAUUAAAUAAAUCUCUGCCAAGUCGAUAUAAAACAGAUGAAUCAAUCGAAACGAUCAUUAAGAAUCUCUUCAUAGAAAAAUGGAAUGAAUUGUAUUCUUAUGAGAUGUAUUUUAAUCAAUGUCAACCAUCGUACUGUUCAUACACAAUUUCUCAAUCGCCAACUUUUAUCUACGUAUUAGCAAGAUUGAUUGGCGUUUAUGGAGGCUUAACUCUUUUCCUGAAAAUUUCUAUUCCAAAUAUCAUCGAUUUAGUCAAACAGAAAAGAAGACAACAUACAGCUACAUCCAUAUGGAGUCGAAUAUGUGUGAACAUGAUAUCAAUUAAAAGGAGACUUAUUCAUUUAAACUUAUUUCGUGACCAUUCAACUGAUGAUGAGAAGAUUCGAAAACAAAUCUUAGCAACAAGAUUCUAUUCAAUAAUUUUCAUUAUUAUUUUAUUUCUACUAGUUUUAUAUUCAUCGUUUACGAGCCGAUCGAUAACGGUGAAUAUUUCUUUAUUAAAUUUCGACCAUUAUGAACACUUGCAAAAACAAUAUUCAGAUAGUUUAACGUGCCCAUGUAGUCGAAUUUCAAUUGCAUAUAAUAUAUUUGUUAAUCUGAAUAUAACUUAUCAUGAAGUGUGUUCGUCAGAUUUUGUUAGUCAACGGUGGUUCGAUUAUUUAUUUGAUAGUAGUAGAAUAAAUGAUCGUGAUUUUCGUGCUACAGCAUCAGCUCAAUUUCAAUCGCUUGAUUCUCUGUGCAAGACAACGCAAGAAGCGGUGAGUGCUGGCUUAACACAAUUCUAUUCGAAUAAACUUAUCAGUGGAGAUUUAAUCCCAAAUCAAACAUUCCAAAAUCGAAUCGAUUCACUCAUCACGAUACUUCAAAAGAGCACUUCGCAAUCAUUUAAACAGACAUUGAAUAUGACUCAUGAGAUUAUACAUGGAAAUUUUUAUAUGUCGGGAUAUCAAACCAAUUGGAAAUUUACUAUUUUAGAACGAGCUAACUUUUCUCCGAUCUAUACAAAUCCUAUAACAUAUAAGUCAUGUAGUUGUGGUACGUCGUCGUCAUGUUCCCAACCAGUUACAAUUGACAGUUCUACUAUUCAGGGUUUGCUUAUGGGUUGUUAUCCAAUGCAAACAGUGUUGCAAUCAUCACUUCAAUGUUUUUAUAAUCAAACAUGUUUACAAGUCAUUUUAUCAUAUUUCCAAAAAUCGUUUGAUUACAAUGUUUCAUUUCAAAUACUUUCUCCCAAUAGUGUAUAUGGAACUGAUGAAAAAGUUGAACAAAUGGUUGAUCGACUGUUUAUUGAUCAGUGGACUAUUAAUCGUUCCUAUGAAAACUAUUAUGAUCAAUGUGGUGCAACAUUAUGCACAUAUUCUUACAUAGAACAUUUCAAUAUAUUCUACGUUAUUACAACUGUUUUAGGUGUGUACAGCGGCUUAACAAUAGUAUUGAGACUUCUUGUUCCAUAUCUUAUACAUAUUGGCUUUCGACUAUUGUCCAAACGGCGAAUACAUGCUGUCGGAACUUUUCAUACGUACAUUCAGGAGACAAAUUAA